AUGCGUUACCUACCGAGGCUGUCUCGUUGGUUAUUUCCAAGAAGGCAUUACAUCCUGUUGUUAAUAAUAAAGUGCGUUGGACUCGAUAAUCUCAGAGGUCUUUACCAGCCUCUGACUCUGAGAGGGAUCACUGCAGAGAAAAGUACGGACAAUUCCUCGCAGGAACAGGGGCAGAUCGAGUGCACACAGUUUAGUCGUUUGUCAGAGCAGACCCCUUCUGCUGUCCAGAAGAUAAAAGAGCUUCUGAAAGAUAAACCUGACCAUGUAGGUGUGAAAGUAGGUGUUCGUACAAGGGGAUGCAAUGGACUUUCUUACACAUUAGAAUAUACAAAAUCAAAAGGAGACUCUGAUGAAGAAGUAGUUCAAGAUGGGGUUAGAGUGUUUAUUGAAAAGAAGGCACAGCUGACACUUCUAGGAACUGAAAUGGACUAUGUAGAAGACAAACUGUCCAGUGAAUUUGUCUUCAAUAAUCCAAACAUCAAAGGAACAUGUGGCUGUGGAGAAAGCUUUAACAUCUGAAAUUUCAGGACUACUUCUUUGAGCAGCCCAAAACACUUGCUAUUAUGAUUUUCAGAAGCAGAUGCAUUUUCUUCAGCAAAUGCACUUUGUAGGCUGCGUAAAGUGGGGAUACUAUUAAGAAAAAUAAACUUAAGUAUUUGAAAAUAUAAGCUGUGUGUUAAAUUCCACCACUGAUGUAGUUAUGCUGUAAUUUAUGAUGAAUUAGCAUCUAAAAGGUAAGAACAGUAAGUGCUACAGUAACAUCUCUGUACUUCCACUUGCCAAGGAAAUAAAAUUUCACUGUUCUUUUUCUCUGUCAUUUGCUUUGUCAAUCCUACUCAUACUUCCUCAUUCUAAACCCAUUUGAAAGAAUA